GGCCAUGGAGCGCGGCCCGCACGGAGCGCAAGCGCUGCUGCGGGAGGAGGUGGCCCAGCUGCAGGAGGAGGUCCACCUGCUCCGGCAAAUGAAGGAAAUGCUGGCCAAGGACCUGGAGGAGACUCACGGCAGCAAGUCCCCAGAGGUGCUCUCGGCCACCGAGCUGAAGGUGCAGCUGGCGCAGAAGGAGCAGGAGCUGGCGCGAGCCAAGGAGGCUCUGCAGGCCAUGAAAGCCGACCGCAAGCGCUUGAAGGGGGAGAAGACAGACCUGGUGAGCCAGAUGCAGCAGCUGUACGCCACGCUGGAGAGCCGAGAGGAGCAGCUCCGGGACUUCAUCCGCAACUACGAACAGCACAGGAAAGAGAGCGAGGACGCGGUGAAAGCCCUCGCCAAGGAGAAGGACCUCCUGGAGCGGGAGAAGUGGGAGCUGCGGCGGCAGGCCAAGGAAGCCACGGACCACGCCAGCGCCCUCCGCUCCCAGCUCGACCUGAAGGACAACCGCAUGAAGGAGCUGGAGGCCGAGCUGGCCAUGGCCAAGCAGUCCCUGGCUACGCUGACCAAGGACGUUCCCAAGCGCCAUUCCCUGGCCAUGCCGGGCGAGACGGUGCUGAACGGCAACCAGGAGUGGGUGAUGCAGGCUGACCUCCCGCUGACCGCCGCCAUCCGGCAGAGCCAGCAGACCCUCUACCACUCCCACCCCCAGCACUCUGCGGACCGGCAAGCGGUCAGAGUGAGCCCCUGUCAUUCCCGGCAGCCGUCCAUCAUCUCCGACGCCUCCGCGGCCGAGGGCGACCGCUCGUCCACACCGAGUGACAUCAACUCGCCCCGGCAUCGAACGCACUCGCUCUGCAAUGGGGACAGUCCUGGACCGGUACAGAAGAACUUGCACAAUCCAAUUGUACAGUCUCUAGAAGACCUGGAAGACCAAAAACGGAAAAAGAAGAAAGAGAAGAUGGGCUUUGGCUCCAUCUCCAGGGUGUUUGCACGGGGGAAGCAGCGCAAGUCCCUCGAUCCCGGUCUCUUCGACGGGACGGCCCCCGACUAUUACAUCGAGGAGGACGCGGACUGGUGACGGCGCCAGAGCCUCUCCCAGCCCUGCACAUGUACAUAUCCCAUAUUCCAUAUCCCACACCCCGUCCCACCUGUGGACGUGUUACCUGUUGUCUUGGGAGCGAUGCAGCCGUGUCGUAACUUCAGUUUUUUUCCUCUUUUUUCCCCAGUUUGGUUUUUUUUUUUGGUUUUUUUCUAUCCCGGUAACUCCUUUGUUGUCGCUUCAGUUUGUCAGUUUGGGCUGGGUUUUUUUUUUCUUGUUUUGGGAGGGGUUUUUUUGUUCUUUUUUCUUGUUCUUUUGACAAAACUUGAAACUUGAAGGACUGCUGUGUCUCUGUAAAUAUGAGAAAUAUUGUGCACUUUGUGCUUGUGACGUCUCUUGUCCGAAACCCGCUGUUUUCCGGAGCCCAGCCCGCGGGAUGUCCUCUCUUGGGGACAAAGGACCUGCCCAGCUGAGGGAUCUUAGAGAGAAAACACACAAAAACAACAACAAGAAAAUCUCCUUCGCUGUGAUGUCUUCCUGGCCGAGCCCCGCGGAGGCGACCCGGGCUGGUUGUUACGCCUGCCGGUCUGGAAAUAAGUGUUUUAACGUUCCUUUUUAGUUGUUUUAAUUUAUUUGCACAAACCCAGAGGAGCUAUUCUAACUAAAUUAUUGCAGAAGUUUUGGGAUUUUUAUAUUUUUCCACGUCGGUUGGGAUGGGGCGGGGAGGAGGAAGGGGGUGUUUGUACUGUACUGUCCUGGGAAGUUGCUGUUGGGGGGGAUUGGGGCUGUGGACCCCCCAGCCCGGGCUCCCUCA